CUCACUCACCAACUGCUGCGCUUCCUCUUCUUUCCGUGAUGGACCUGCUCGAGGUGCCACUCGACGCCAUCGCCUUCCGCCUCUACUCCCUCCCCGCGGCCGCGGCGGCAGCCAGAUCGGACUGGGCCUGCCUGGUCCUCCUCGCCGCCGCCGCCGCCGCCGCCGCCCUCGGCCUCUGGGGCAUCAGGAUUGUCGGCUCCAAACCCGACCCCCCGACCCCCACCUCUCCUCCUCCCCCUCCCGUGCCCAGCCUGCCCGUCUGCCCGCCCAAGUCGCAAACGCCGGUGGGGAAAGAGGCCGCUGCCGCUGCGUGGAGGGCGAGCUGUCACGCGGAGGAGGCCAGCACCCCGAAGUCUCGGUUCAUGGCGUACUACGCCGCCUCGACCGACAGUCUGUACGAGGACUGCGCCCGUGGCGACGGCUUGGGGGAGGGAGAGGAGGAGGACGUUGACAGCGUCAGCGACGUCGAUCGACGAGUGACGGCGCCUUGGAGCGGCGGUGGCUGCGGCUUGGAGUGGGCGGUCGUCCAAAGGAGGGGGGACUUGGGGUGGUACCGGUACCAGGACAUGACGGCGCUCGACGGCAGCGUGGUCAAGCUGUGGGACGGACGCGACGGCGGGUUGACGGCGACGGCCGGGAGGCGUUUGCGCCGGAGGCCGUAGGGGGGUAAAACGGGAAUUAACGAAAGAAAUUCUUAAAAUGUAUAAAAUUAUCUACAAAUGAAGUUACAUUUUUGCCCUCUACUGCUGCAAUGAAGCUCCCCUUAAUUCGAGGGUAGAAAUGGAAUUCGAAGUAGUAAAUCCUGCGCUUGGAAACAUUAAAGAUUUGGGCGAGAAAAAAAAAGGCUCGUCUUUUGUUUGGUUGGUG